AUAACACCCUCACCCAGGUACCGCCCGGUAUUACUAUGUGCCUUGGCAGGCAAUUUAGCUGGGGAGAUCCAUCGCGGUACGGAAAAGUACCAGCGAUCUGCGUACCCAGCAGUAUCGUGGGUACUGUAGGCAGCCAUCAUCGGAUGGUUUGCAGUUUCAUAUGGCAUGCAGACCCCGUUCAAGGGUCCCAAUCAUGAAGGGAUCUCCGGUGGUGACGAAGCUGCCGAUCUCCGGACUAUCUCUUAGUCGGUCAAGUCGCACUGCCUCUUAAUCGGCUCGAGGUAACCUUUUGUGGUGGGUCGCGUGGGCGGGAUUCUCAUGGAACCAUGCCAUUCGAGCUUCGCUCGCAAAAGAAAAGAGUAAGCCUUGCAGGCAGAUAUGUUUCGUGCCUUGAUAUGCAGAGUAUCUAUUCAACUUCAAUCAUCUAGAUCAGUACUUGGGGCUGGGAGCAAGCAAGGCACAGCAAUCCACUUUAGACAACCAUCCUCGACAAUGAAUUGGACUCGUCUUUGCUUCGCCUGUAUAACACAGACUACUAGACCCCAGCACCGCGAUGAGGUGCGAGUCCAUGCUGGGGGCCUGGAGUCCGUUAGCCAAGCAGAUAACGCUGACGUACCUCUGUGUAGUGACGCGUGGGCAGUCAUCGAGUGAUCUUGGCUAUUAGUAUGAGUGCUUUGCAUCUAGGGAUUUGUAUGCAUAUACUGGUCAGUUUGCUGUUAGGUCUGGUGUGACGUGGAGCCGUAUGAGGUAGACACGCAUGAAUUUGAACAUGAGCUCGCAACACAGUUGCUAUAUGCAUGAUUGUGGGAGACCUACCCGAAACUAAGUGCUGGUCAGUCGGUGUUGCGCUUCGGUGUUGUCUGGAAAUAGAUCAGUG